AAGUUUUUUCAGAGGAAAAUGCAGGGUUUGUCCUUAACCCUGACGUCAGAUCUUGCUUUAAUAAAACCCCCCGAGGGCUGCGGGAAGAGGCGUAUCUGGCACUUCUGAUGGGCCAGGUCAGUCUCGGUCCAACUCCCCCGAGAAGUGGCCGGAUCCUCUGGGCUACUCCGUAGAUGCCUUGGCCACUGACCUCCAGGCAUGAGGUGGUUACUGCCCUGGACGCUGGUGGCAGCAGCAGCAGCGGGCGGCACCUUGGCCAUGGCCCUCUCCCCACCCCCCACGGCCAUGGGCCCCACGGCGGCCCCGCUGGAGGACACCUCGCGCCCCCAGUUCUGCAAGUGGCCGUGCGAGUGCCCGGCGGCCCCGCCCCGCUGCCCGCUGGGCGUCAGCCUCAUCACGGACGGCUGUGAGUGCUGCAAGGUGUGCGCCCAGCAGCUGGGGGACAAUUGCACGGAGGCUGCGGUCUGCGACCCCCACCGGGGCCUCUACUGCGACUACAGUGGGGACCACCCGAGGUACGCAGUAGGAGUGUGUGCACAGGUGGUCGGCGUGGGCUGCGUGCUGGACGGCGUGCGCUACAACAACGGCCAGUCCUUCCAGCCCAACUGCAAGUACAACUGCACGUGCGUGGGCGGCGCGGUGGGCUGCACGCCGCUGUGCCUCCGCGCGCGCCCCCCGCGCCUCUGGUGCCGCCGCCCCCGGCGGGUCAGCGUGCCCGGGCGCUGCUGCGAGCAGUGGGUGUGCGAAGACGACGCCAGAAGGCCCCGCAAGACGGCGCCGCGCCACACGGGCACCUCUGGGACCACGGAUGAGAUAGAGCCGUGGCACAAGAACUGCAUCACAUACACCAGCCCCUGGAGCCCCUGUUCCACCAGCUGCGGCCUGGGGGUCUCCACCCGCAUCUCCAAUGUCAACGCCCGGUGCUGGCCUGAGCAGGAGAGCCGCCUCUGCAACUUGCGGCCGUGCGACAUGGACCUCCGGCCACACAUCAAGGAAGGGAAGAAGUGUCUGGCCGUGUACCAGCCAGAAGCGCCCGUGAACUUCACGUUGGCCGGCUGCACCAGCACUCGUGCCUACCGGCCCAAGUACUGCGGGUUCUGCACCGACAGCCGGUGCUGUAUCCCCUACAAGUCCAAGACCAUCAGCGUCUCCUUCCAGUGUCCCGAUGGGCCCGGCUUCUCCCGCCAGGCCCUGUGGAUUAACGCUUGCUUCUGCAAUCUGAGCUGUCGGAAUCCCAACGAUAUUUUUGCCGACUUGGACUCCUACCCUGAAUUCUCAGAGAUUGCCAAUUAAGCAGCCUUAGAACCUGGGCUCGAGGCUGACCCAGUGCUUGUAAGGCAGCCAGCCUUCUGAGGCCCCCACUGAGCCUUCUUUUGUCCACUUCCCACUCGUUUCCAAUGACCUGGAUCCAGGCCCGUGACCCCUUGUCCUGUCUCCAACCACCCAAAGCACCCAUCACGGCACGCUCAGGCCCAGACAGUGGGUCUUCUCCUUGGCAGCGGUCCACAUACACUCCAAAGAAAGUGCCCGGCUCUGGACAAUACCCGAGCCCGAUCCGGCCUGUCCGAGUCACUGGAAGUCCUGCUGGAUCUCGCCCAAGUCCCAGGGAACAGAAUCAGCUACAUCUUCGGUAUCACUAAUUCCUUCUUUAGAUACCAAGCCACCAGACUCUCUGGGCCCAUUCAGAAGGAUAGAGGGGAUUUAGGACAGUGGACCAGUCCAUUCUUCGGGCCCUGCCAAGAAGGACCCUAAUCAGCAGUUUUGACCUCUGCACACCAAAGCUCUCUCUCAUUCUAAAGACCUGUGCCUUCCAUGGUCACUGAAUAUUUGCUAAAUGAGGUGAAUGGUUGUUUGGUUUCUGUUUUUGAAUGGACAGUUGUAUCCAUGAAUCUGGGCAUUGUUGCAGUUAAGUUUCUGUUCACCCAUUUCAGUUAAGUUUCUCUUCACCCCUGCACUAUGAAGGGUGUACAUUGGGUUCAUCCCAGUGAGAAAUGCAAGCCGAUAAACUUCCUCUUGUUCCUGGGAGAAGUCCCUGGUCAAUACACCAGGGUCAGAGCAUGGGCAGUCUAUUUUCAGAAGGAGCGAUCAAGCCCUGCACCAAAUCUGCUGCUCCCGGGCAGGGCAGGGCACUGAGCAGUCAGCCAACCUCCUCUUCACACCUGACCAUCUGCAUGCUGGGGGCUUGUGGGACUUGGUGGAUCCCCUGGGACGACAUCGCUGACCCCUCAGAGUGGUGUCCUGUGAUGUCCUUCUGCUCUGAGGGAGCCUUGGGUCCAGGUUGAGUGUGAGUCAAAACAAAAAAUGUGUUCACAAACCAAGAAGUGGGUCCAGUCUGCGUCACCCUGGGCCCAGGGCAUGUGUCUCUCUGCCUCGGUGACCCAUUUCGCAGACUGUGGGUCUACUGAUCCAUAAAGCUCAGUUCUGGUACAAAGACAGAAGUUUACCGGUUGUUUCAAAAAGAAGUAUAUUUAACAGGGAUAAAAAGCCAAAAGGGUUUGAUGCUAAAAGGAAGAGAAAGUUGUUAUUAAUGGAAAUGAGGCUAUUAUUUAUUUUAUUAGUAAAGUAUAAAUAUUUACUGCUACAGUUCUUUUAUUUCGUACCUUCUACACGUCAGACAUUGUUCUCAGCGCUUUAAGUGCACCGUUACACUAGCUCAUGGAAACUGGGAGGUCAUGUUGAAAAGUGCCCGUUAUUAUUUCUGUUCUUACAAAUGUGAAAUGGAAGCUCAGUAAGGUAAGGGAGCUUGACCGAAGUCACCCAGCUGGUCAGUGGGGUAGUCAGGAUGCAAAUCCAAGUUGGAUUGACUCUGUAACCCAUAUUUUCCCUCAACUUUUAGAGCUUCCAAAUGCAUCAGAGCAGGAAAACAUGACAGGAUAACCAUCUUCUCGCUGUCAUUUUUGGUUCUUAUUACUGUCUCUCCAGCUUCUUUCCCAAGAGAAGAGUGUAUCUGACUUUCAGAUUAUUUAGAUGUCUGAGCAUCAGACAAAAUCUAGGAUAAACCGAAAUCCAUGACUCCCCUCCAGAGCAUUCCCUCCUUCAAAUCAGAACCAGCUCUCACCAUGUAUUUAAAGGUGAUUUUGUUAUCUGAUGCUGCAGAUUGAAGGAUGGUGCCUUUUUCAUGAGGGAAUUCUGAGUGCUGAGCAGAGGGAUUCCUAGACAGGGGAAAGGGAUUGAAAAUGUGUCCUCCUUACUGUGACCUCCUGAAUGCCUGGUACAAGGCAUACAGCGGUGCUCAAUGUGUAUUUGAUGAAUAAAGGAAAUUGUGUAUGUGUCUCUA